AUGGAUUCAAAGAAGUCUAACAAGAUCAGAGAGAUUGUUAGGCUCCAACAGAUCCUAAAGAAGUGGAAGAAGCUAGCAAAUGCCCCUAAAAACACAAACCCCAGCACCAAUUCAUCCUCAACCAAUAGCACAAAUAGUCUCAACAGUUCUACUUCUAUUAGCAGCAGCAGAAGCAUGAAGUUUAUUAAGAGAACACUCUCCUUCUCAGAUGUCUCAGCGGCUCAAAACGACGUUGUACCGAAAGGGUUUCUUGCCAUUUGUGUUGGGAAGGAGCUGAAGAGAUUCAUCAUCCCAACUGAGUACUUGGGGCACCAAGCUUUUCGGAUUCUGCUCCGGGAAGCCGAAGAGGAGUUCGGGUUUCAGCAAGAAGGUGUGCUCAAGAUUCCAUGUGAAGUGACUGUAUUUGAGAAGAUCUUGAAGGUGGUUGAAGAGAAAAGGGAGGUGUUCUUCUUGCACAAUGAGUUUGGAUUCAUUAGUGCAGAGAAAGACAAGAUUGGUUUUUGCUCCUCUCCAUCAGAUUGUGAGCUUACACCUUCUCAUCACCCCCAAAUGUGUAGAUGA